GCGGGGCGCAGGCCGGGCGCCCGCUCCAUCCCUGCCCCGAGCGGAGCCGGCGCGGGCGCAGGACCGCGGCGAGCCCGGAGCCGAAGCCGGAGCCCCACGGCGCAGCAGCUCAAGCUCCUGUUCUCCAAUGGUCCUAAGAGGCAGACGCAGCAGUCCUUGACCCCCGUCGCAUGGGUGGGAGCAUCCAUCAGCUAUGGAGAACGAUGUGGCCACAUCUCCACGCGAUCUCUCCUGCAUAAAACCAAAGCCACCUCCAGACACAUGCUCUGGUGCCUCAGUCUCUAUGCAAGACCUGGAGAGUGGAGACCUGCUUCAGUCCUUGGAGGAAGCUGGCUCUGCAGGGGGUAAUUCGAGGACUGGAAUUUGAACCCAGAACCUUCUCUCUUCCUUCGCUCUCCUUCAUUCAUGUUCGUGCCCGAUACCUCCUCGGAGACGGCUCUAUUUAUUUCUAGAAAAGCAGUACUGCGGCAGUCAUCGUAGCCUCCCCAUGUCUGGACAUUUUCUUUUGGCUCUCCUGGAAGCCUAGAGCCCAGUGAUUGGCAUAACUGGCACCCGGAGGAGCUGAACGAGCGGCGGCCAGGGGCCGUGGGCAGAGGAAGGAGCCGUGAGGUUCCAGGAUGGUACCUAACGGCACAGCCUCUUCCUUUUGUCUGGACUCUCCCCCAUGUAGGAUCACUGUCAGCGUGGUCCUCGCUGUCCUCAUCCUCAUCACCGUCGCCGGCAAUGUGGUGGUCUGCCUGGCUGUGGGCCUGAACCGCCGGCUCCGCAGUCUGACCAACUGCUACAUUGUGUCUUUGGCCAUCACUGAUCUGCUCCUUGGCCUCCUGGUGCUGCCCUUCUCAGCCUUCUACCAGCUAUCCUGCAGGUGGAGCUUCGGCAAGGUCUUCUGCAAUAUCUAUACCAGCCUGGAUGUGAUGCUCUGCACGGCCUCCAUCCUUAACCUCUUCAUGAUCAGCCUCGACAGGUACUGCGCUGUCACGGACCCCCUGCGCUACCCUGUGCUGGUCACCCCAGUCCGAGUGGCUGUGUCUCUUGUCUUAAUUUGGGUCAUUUCCAUCACCCUGUCCUUUCUGUCUAUCCAUCUGGGGUGGAACAGCAGGAAUGAGACCAGCAAUUUCAACCACACCAUCCCCAAGUGCAAAGUCCAGGUCAACUUGGUGUAUGGCUUGGUGGAUGGGCUGGUCACCUUCUACUUGCCUCUGCUGGUCAUGUGCAUCACCUACUACCGCAUUUUCAAGAUUGCCCGGGAUCAGGCCAAGAGGAUCCACCAUAUCGGCUCCUGGAAGGCAGCUACCAUCGGGGAGCACAAAGCCACAGUGACACUCGCCGCCGUGAUGGGAGCCUUCAUUAUCUGCUGGUUCCCCUAUUUCACUGUGUUUGUUUACCGUGGGCUGAGAGGGGAUGAUGCCAUCAACGAGGCCUUCGAAGCCGUCGUUUUGUGGCUGGGCUAUGCCAACUCGGCCCUGAACCCUAUCCUGUACGCCACACUAAACAGAGACUUCCGCACGGCAUACCAGCAGCUCUUCCGCUGCGGACCUGCCAGCCACCAUGCCCACGACACUACUCUGAGGUCUGGCAGCUCUCAGCUGGCCAGGAAUCAAAGCCGAGAACCCACGCGGCAGGAAGACAAGCCCCUGAAGCUCCAGGUGUGGAGUGGGACAGAGGUCACAGCCCCUCAAGGAGCCACAGACAGGAAGCCAGCGCUAUCCUGCACUGUGUGCUCCGGCAACCUUCUAAGCUGCUGCAAGAGUCUGUGGGGGCUUAGGUUCCUCCAGAGACACGUGAGAGGCCCCUCAGAGGAGCAGCCAGGCCAGCCACUGUCCGAGGAGCCACUGAGGACACCACCCCAGGAAGCGGUGAGGACUCUGCCCUCCGAGGCUGUCUAGACCCAGCCCAGGACACAGAAGAUACUGCUUCUGGUCACCAAGAUUUGACUCCUGGAGCCAUUAAGGACCCAGAAGCCCCCAGAGCCACCGAAGAUGCGCCCUAGCCCGAGUCUAGGGAGUCCCAGAGCACGCAGCGGGGUGCCGGGGUCCUUGGGUCUAGUGUGGUACGGCCUGUCCUGUGCCGGGCAUUCUCAGCAGAUGCUCAGAACUCUCCUGGGUCUGGGUCCGCUGAAUCCCAUGGGUUCAGAGCUCACGUUGGUGCUGGCCCUGAGUCACAAGCAGAGAUGGCUGGACGUUGGAGGUGCGUGCACAGGUGUGUGCAUGGAUUUGUACGUGCAGGAACGCGCAGGCCCUCUGAGCACAGCAGACGGCGUUGCCAUAAAGAGUUAGUCUCUCACUCCCUCAUGGGUUCUGUAGGAUGAAGGAGAGGAAAGGAGAGGGAAGGGAAGAGAAGAGAAAGGAAAGGAAGGAAAUUAGCCUUUAAUGAGCACCUUCUGUGUGCCGGGUAUGUCAUCUACAUGAGUUCACAUAAUCCUUAUAACAGGUGGUAAGAAUCACCAACCUACUUGACAGAGGUAGAAACUGAGGCUCAGAGAAGACGGGGGCCUGCCUCAGGGUACUCAGCUAGUAUGUGUUCCCGGCUCACAGAAGGCACUCGAAAAAUAGCUGUGCAGGGAAUUAGCAAGUAGGAGCAUGGGUAAAAAGCCCGGCUUCAAGCCCAGGCUCUUGCCAUGACCUUGCACUGCUUCUCAGGAGAGAGAUCAAGGUAUUUCCUUGACUCAGCCUACCUGCCUCUUAGCGAGGCUCAGAGCCGGAGCCUAGGGGAUCCCUUCAUGCUGCAGUACUAACCCUCUCUGGUGCUUUUCAUCAACAAGAAGUGGUGUGGAGCGGAGCGAGCAUUCGAACAUUCGGGGCAGGUCCGAGGUGGGCGGUGGUGGUUAGUGCGCCGGAGUCCUAGAGGGAGAGGUGGCCUUGCCGGGUGGGGGGAGUUGGCCCCACAGCGCCCUCUGCUGGGUACGUAACCUUGGGUGCGUCAGUAGGGAUCUUUCUGACCAUCUCUUGACUCCUCUGUCCAAGGGGGUAAGAUGGCCUAUUUACAGGGUUGUUGAUGAGACCCAAGGCAGUGAGGGUGACGACAGCCUGGAGAACUGAGGGUGUGCGUGGACCCUCACUGCUAACCACUGCCACUGCCCCUCCCUGAGCCCGCUCCUUCCUUGGUUCCAAGACCCCCUCGUGGUGUCCCCCUCCCUGCACACCUAUGCCUUCUCAGCCCUCUUGCGACUCACUGUCCUCUCCCCGGCUGUCCGGUGUGCCUGUCCCAAGGGCUUUCUCUUCUCACUGCGAUUUCUCUCCCUCUGUGACCUCGUCUGCGCCCUCUUAACCGAAGUUACCAGGAGGCUUCCCUGUGAGGAAAUGACUCACAGAUUUGUACCUGGACCCCAAGCUUCCUCUGGGAGCUUUCCAGCCACGACUGUGGCUUUCCAGCCACGACCUCCAGCCUGGGUGUUUCAAAGGCACCUCGCUUUUAGCAUGUCCACAACCACACUCUAGACCUUUUCGCUGCACCUGCUCCUCUCCGGGUUCCCGGUCUCAGACAGACGUCUGCCACUGGCUUUAGAGCCCGAGCCACUGGCCAAGGAGGUCAGCCUUGGCACCUCCCUUUCUAGCUCCUCUUGCUCAGUUUUCUUGAGCCCUAGUUCCACACGUCCCCACCUUCUGCUUGAUUCUCCGCACCUGCCCUGUCCCCACUCGGCCCCACUGCCAUCCCUCGGUCGGGACAAUUGAGACAGCUUCCUGACAGCUCUCCAUGUUCCCUGCUGGCCUUCCUCCAGCCUGCCUCCCCACCCAACAGCCACAACGGGCUGUGCAAAACGCUAAUAUGGUCACGUCGCGCAUGCAAGAAACCAUCUUUCUCAUGGCCCACCAGCCCUGCAUGGUCAGCCCUGACCUGUCCCUCCAGCCUCCUCCUGCCAUGGUCCCCUCUGUCGCUUCACCCCAACCCCACUGGCUUCUCUCUUUUGUUUGUUUAUUUUAUUGCUCUUUGCAGCUACUAGGCCAUGCACAAGGCUGUUUCCAUGACGUGAGACCAUGAGAUCUCAGCUGAAAUAUCACUUCUUGAGGAAGUCUUCCUUGACCCACCCUAUUAGGUCAGGCCUCCCCCACAUACCCCAGAACUGUCCUCAGAGGCCAUUGAUUGUUUGUAAUUUACAGUCAUCUGUGUGGUUCUCUGUCCGUCUCCCGCACUCAGGAGGUCAUGGGCCCUGCCUAUUUCUUUGGACCUUUGUAUGUCUAGCCCCUAGAAGAGCGUUUGGCACAUAGCAGGGGCUUUACGCGGUUUAUCUGCCAGCAUACUUGAAGGCAUGAUUUGCCCCAGUGGCCCUCAGAGAUGCUCAAUUUCUUGGCUGGAUUCCAUCUGGAAGCCCCAGAAUCCCUUCCUCAAGUUUUCUUGGGGGUCUAAGGCAGGUGGGUCUCUAAGUCAUGGCCAAGUAGUUGGAGGCAUAAGACUGGUCUGGCUGAUCAUGGUCUCAGCUGGUCAGGGCUCCAACCCAUCGUGCCCACACACCACCUGCCACUGCAGGGGCCUCCUUCGGGUCUGUCUCUGAGCUGCCGCCACCCUUCUGGAGGCUUCCUAGAGCCUCUGCUGGCUGCAGAAGUGGGGCACAUGCUGUCUAGAGGAGGAGUGUCUGCGGUGGGUCCCCAAAUCCAUGUUCUGUGUUGCGACCAUGUUCCAAUAAAGCUAUCGAAACAGAUGCUGCCUUGCGGUUUUAUUUUUUCACUUCCUGGUGAGGAAUACUCCCCAGACUUCAUCGUACGGCGUGUCUUAAUUUAGAAAAAGAGUUAUGAGAAAACACUGCGGUAAAAGCCAACUUGGAAGCUACCUUAAAAAGUAAAAGAGUCCUCGGGGAACAAGGGUUCAUCAUAGGACACCAUGCUGGCAAUGAAGGACAGGCUGGUCGGAAGGAUCAGGCCUUUGUCCCGCUUGCCCUGUGAGCCAGGUACGUGGUAGGCUCUCGAUAAGGGUUUGUAGAAGGGAGUAUUUCUGAAAUUGCCAGCUUCCGAGACACCUUUGUGAAGUAGGAGAAGAGGAGAUCUUUAAAAUGGAAAACGUGUCCAUCAAGGAAGUCUGCAUGCGGUAGAGUAGGCACAGGCAAGGGACCAAGAAGGUCAGGAAGGUCAAGAAGAAGUUCACGGAGUUUGUGCCAGGAGUGAGUCCCAAAGGCACCGAUGAGAGGGUUUGGAAAGUGAAAGGGGGAGCUGACCAGAGUCGAGGUCACCGUUUGAGGACAGGGCGGGGAGCAGUGUCCCCUGGGAGGGAAGGGAAGAGGCCGGAGGAGGCCGUGGAAUCCUGAACGUGGGGCCUUGCAGAGAAGGCCCAGAGGCGCGCGCCUUGUCGAACGUCCCCGGAGGCAGAGAAGGGAUUCUGUGUCAGCUCAGCCAAAGCUCACGGGAAGUGAUUGGCUCAGAAUGGGUUGUUACGUGGGUUUUCUCAGGGGAGAAAAGACCAAGAUGUGCUAAGGGGGAUUGGGAAAGAUGAGAGUGGCAAAUGGAGCCAAUAGACGGUGUUAAGCAGUUUGUGUCGAUGGAAGAAGAUGACAGGGACGUGUCCCCUGAACUGUACUAGUGGGUGUGACGAAUAGUGGGGCACUGCAUAGGCAACCGGCCAGGGCUGGAAGCCUGGGAAUCGCAAUUCCCAGCAUCCUAUUCCAACCAGCUUAGGUUCCACCAAUAGGGAGCUGGAGAGAAGCAAAACCAUUAUUGCUAACUAGGCAAAGAGGUGGGGGGCGGCGGGAGGAAAAGGAGAUCAGGGCAUCUGGAAGGGCUGACCGCCGGGAGGCCCCCCAAGGCGGCUGCAUUGGGCACAGGAAUCAUGGCAUGGCUUGGAAGGGUCUUCAUCAAGAGAGGCUAAAACGAUGCCGUGUGUGUUAUGGAAAGAUCAUUCAGACUCGAGCUGAGGGAGCGGCCCCUGCCAGUGAGGGUGGACUGUAGCAUUUUAUAAGGAUCUACCACAGGCUCUCCUGCAGGCCAUAGACUCCAUGCUGGGAGCCCAAAGGAACGGACCUUCCCCACCCUCCAGGGAGACCGGCUUGAACCUAAAAUCACCAAGGAACCAUGGAAGGAAUGGGACACGGGGGCCAGUGCCGGGAUGACCAAGGCCUGGUGGAAGGUGCAGAGAGCGGAGUGUGGGGAGGACAUGGCCGCGGCAGCCGUGACCUUCUGAAGAGAUGCGCUCCUGGGGCACGUGGGCCGGGCCGUGCUU